AUGUUGAGAGCUCGCGUAUUACAGGAGCGCUGCAAUUCCUAUGUAUGCGCUUUCUGCCGACACAAGCUCUCGCCGAGGGAGGGACAGCUCAGAGAUCGCCACUUUUCGACCGCCGCAGGCUCGACAACGUCUCUAGGGGUCUCGGCACGGUUAAAACUCGUCGGGCCGCAGUCAUUUGGCGCGCGCGCUCUGUCGACGAGCUCACUGCUGCGUGGACCGGGCGAUAAUGGAAGCUCAACUAGACCGGGAGGGUUCCCGGGAGGGGGAGGCGGGUUUGGAACUGGGUUGGGAUCUUUCGGCUCCUUUGCCAACAACGCCCCCGCGGCCCCGAGCAGCAAACCUACUCCCGAUGCGCUUCUUCCUCACGAGCGGGAGGCUCGAAAAAAGAUGGGUCUCAGCCCUCCCAAGCCGAAGCCCUCGAACAAUGCCGAUGCUCCCAACGAUAAUUCGACCCGCGCAUCCUCGAAGAAGAACAAGAACAAGCGAUCCAAUCGAGGGAAGAAUAAUGAGGACCAGCUUGAAGCUGAUGCGCCCAAGUCACAGCCAGGCCCACUGUCAAGUUCGUUGCUUGCUGAGGCGUUCAAGAUCGACCGCAACCCAGGCCCGGUGGCGACGCCGUCAUCGUGGUCUCGCAAUGAUUCCGCCCCAGCUCAAAACUCCCAAGUCCCGUCUAUAUCAUCACAAGUUUCCUGGGGCGCAUUCAGCGCCCGAAAGAUAGACACGUCAGUUCCGGCCCCGAAGCAGGGGGCCAAGCACAAGGCUGCCUCUCGAGGUAAACCCACCACAGCCAAAAGUGGCGACGGGUCCGAAGUCUGGGGCCAACUCAAGCGGGCAUCACGAAAGGAGUCCUCUAAGGUUGCCGAAAGUUCGACCAACGGCGAGGACGACUUUUGGGAUGCCCUCGAAAACAGGGUCAGUGGCUUCCGUGGCAAGAGGAACGGCAACCAGACCACUGGUGCCUCAACGGCACAGGGCCAGGCCAAGCUCGGGGCCUAUGAGGCUUCGUCGAAGCAAUUCACUCCCUGGUCUGAUGGAAAUCAGGACCAAUCCAUGGAGCAGCCAAGACGGAAAUCAAGAUUUGAAGUAGAAGAGGAGGAUCAAUUCAGACGGGGCGGCAAGAAGGACAAGCGCCAGAGCAACCGCCGUCGGCAAGAGGAAGAUGACGAGGAUUGGGACGAUGAGGCGAUCAAGAAAUGGGAGGCGAGACAGCAACGAAAGGCCGAGAAGGACGCGAAGAGACGCGCUGGAGAGCAAGUGGAGGCACAAGCAGUCCAGAUCUUCCUCCCGGAGUACAUCAGCGUGUCCAACCUGGCGGGUGCUCUUAAGCUUCGGGUCUCUCAUUUCUUGCGCGACCUGGAACAGAUGGGCUUUGAGGACAUUACCGAAGAUACCAUCAUGACUGGAGACACAGCUGGCCUGGUUGCAAUGGAGUAUGGACUUGAGCCGACCAUCGAUACAGGCUCCAAACGAGACCUUAGACCUCGACCUGUUCCAGAGGAUCCCUCGACGCUCCCCGCUCGUCCACCCGUCGUCACCAUCAUGGGCCACGUCGAUCACGGAAAAACCACUCUUCUCGACUGGCUAAGGAAGUCAUCAGUCGCCGCCGGCGAACAUGGCGGCAUUACUCAGCACAUCGGCGCGUUCGUCGUCAACAUGUCGUCCGGGAAGCAAAUCACCUUCCUCGACACUCCCGGUCACGCCGCCUUCUUGUCCAUGCGUCAGCGAGGUGCCAACGUGACUGAUAUCGUUGUCCUGGUGGUGGCUGCCGACGACAGUGUCAUGCCCCAGACCAUUGAGGCGUUGAAGCAUGCCACGUCGGCAAAGGUCCCCAUCAUUGUGGCGAUCAACAAGGUUGACAAGGAAGACGCUCGGGUCGAGCAGGUCAAGGCCGAUCUUGCUCGCCACGGUGUCGAGAUUGAAGAUUAUGGAGGCGAUGUCCAAGUCGUCUGUGUGAGUGGUAAGACUGGUCAGGGCAUGGAAGACCUCGAGGAGAACAUUGUCACUCUUUCUGAAAUCCUCGAUGUCCGCGCCGAGAGUGACGGCAUGGCCGAAGGAUGGGUUCUCGAGUCUAGCAUCAAGCAGGUUGGCAAGUCCGCGUCGGUGCUCGUCAAGCGAGGAACACUUCGACUGGGCGACUACAUCGUUGCGGGCAAGACUUGGGCCAAGAUCCGAGUCCUCCGCAAUGAAGCUGGAGUCGAGAUUGCCGAGGCACCUCCCGGAACGCCAGUCGAGGUCCUGGGCUGGCGCGAUCUGCCCGAGGCCGGAGAACAGAUACUCCAGUCGCCUGACGAGGGCAAGGCCAAGACGGCCAUCGAGUAUCGGCAAGAAAUGGCGGAGCGACUCGAGAGCUCUGCCCAGCUUGCUGAGCACGAGCAGCGUAUACGUGAGAAGGCUGCUGCUGAUGAGGCUGCCGCGGCCGCGGAGGCGAACGGCGUCGAAGCCCCCGUCGAAGACGCCGAGCCCGGCGUCAUCCUCCAGAACAUCAUCGUCAAGGCCGACGUGGCAGGUUCGGCUGAGGCCGUGUGCGGCACCGUCCAGGAGAUUGGUAACCACGAGGUGCAGACGAAGGUCUUGCGGUCGUCGGUCGGUCCCAUCUCCGAGUACGACGUCGACCACGCGGCGACAUCCAAGAGCAUCAUUGUCAACUUCAACAACGCCAUCGCGCCGCACAUCCGCCAGCGCGCUGACGAGAACAAGGUGCGCAUCAUCGAUCACAGCGUCAUCUACCACGUCGCCGACGAGGUCAAGGACGCCCUAUCAGACCUCCUGCCGCAUACCAUUACCCACCGCGUCCUCGGCGAGGCAGACAUCUUGCAGGUCUUUGCCAUCAACCUCAAGAAGCGUGUCAGCCAAAACAUUGCUGGCUGCAAGAUCCGCAACGGCGCCAUCAAGCGGACGUCUACGGUCAAGGUGCUCCGGCGCGGCAAGGUCAUUUACGAUGGCAAAAUCAACACCCUCAAGCACGUCAAAAAGGACGUCAUGGAGAUGGGCAAGGGCUCCGAGUGCGGUAUCGGCUUCGAGGACUUCCAGGAUGUACAGGUCGACGAUCAAAUCCAGACAUACGAAGAAAUCAAGGAGAAACGACACUUGUAA